AUGAGUUCAGUGAUAAAGAAAUACCAGCAUAUCUUAGCCCAGGCAUUUGCCAUAAAUGAGAUCAACGAGAAUCCCAGUAUCUUACCCAACAUCACUUUGGGUUUACACAUUCUCAACAGCUACUAUGUUACAAGGAUGACCUAUAAGGCUAUGCUGAGUCUGCUUUCCACACCACAGAAGUUUGUUCCCAACUUCAAGUGUGAUGUCCAGAAAAAUCUUAUAGCUGUCAUUGGAGGAUUGUUCUCCGAAACCUCUGCAAAUAUGGCCACCAUUUUAUCCAUCUACAAGACUCCACAGCUGUCUUUUGGAUCUUUUUCCUCCAUGCAUGGAGAACAAAUGGUAUUAUCUUCCUUAUACCAGAUGGUCCCAAAUGAAACCUAUCAGUACAGGGGGGUUAUCCGGUUACUUCUCCAUUUUGCAUGGACAUGGAUUGGCCUUGUUGCUGUGGAUGAUGACAAUGGAGACAGGUUUUUGCAGACCAUGCUGCCCAUGCUUUCUCAGAAUGGCAUCUGUUAUGCCUUCACACUAAGAACACCCAAACGCACCUAUGUGAAUGAGGCAACAGAAGUACUUUUAAAAACUAUACAAAAAUAUCCAGUUUUCUUUAAGAGCAAAGCCAAUGUAUAUUUUGUGUAUGGAGAAUAUGGCAUGCUCAAUCUGAGACUGAUGCUCUUACUAGCAUCCUUGUUAUCAUUGCCACGUGUGAGUAAAGUGUGGAUUUUGACAUCCCACUGGGAUUUUGAGUUAGGUUCUUUUGAAAGUUUGACAGAAAUAGAAAUUUUCCAUGGUGCCCUAUCCUUUACAGUUCACUCCAAUCAGCCACCAGGAUUCCAAAGAUUCCUUCAGGAGAUAAGACCUUUCUGGGCAAAAGCAGAUGGCUUUAUCCAAAACUUCUGGGAACAGGCAUUCAACUGUCAAUUAAAAAUGCCCAGUGAGCAAGAGAAAAGUAAUAAAAUCUGCACUGGGGAGGAGAAGCUGGAAAGCCUUCCUGGAGUGCUGUUUGAAAUGAGCAUGACUGGCCACAGCUACAAUGUCUAUAAUGCUGCCUAUGCUGUGGCACAUGCUUUGCAUGCCAUGCACAAAUUCAGAUCUAAAUCCAAAACACUAGGAGAAGGACAGAGGCUGGGGUUGUUGAAUAUUCAGCCAUGGCAGAUUCAUCGUUGUCUGAAGAGCAUCUUGUUCAACAACAGCGCAGGAGACACCUUGUGUUUUGAUGAAAACAGAGUAUUAAUUUCAGAUUUUGAUGUUACAAACUUCAUAACUUUCCCAAAUGGCUCUUUCAUCAGAGUAAAUGUUGGAAGAAUGAGUCCUCACGCUCCUGCAGGAAAAGAGUUAAGCAUUAAUGAUGAUCAAGUAGUGUGGCACAGAACCUUUAACCAGGUGCUGCCCCUUUCUGUGUGCAAUGCCCCCUGCCGUCCUGGCUUCAGCAAGAAAAAGAAGGAGGGAGAGCCAUUUUGCUGCUAUGACUGUGUCCCAUGUCCAGAAGGAAUGAUUUCUGAGCAGAAGGAUAUGGAUGCUUGUAUCAAAUGUUUGCAAGAUCAUUAUCCCAACAAACACCAAAACCAGUGUAUUAUCAGGGAUAUAAACUACCUCUCUUACAAAGAACCUUUAGGGAUUAUUUUAGCCCUGUUGGCUAUUUCUCUUUCUUUUCUCACAGCCUUAGUGUUCAGUAUCUUUGUGAAGCACCAAGACACCCCGCUUGUCAAAGCCAACAACCGGAGCCUCACCUAUAUUCUCCUCAUCUCCCUCCUGCUUUGCUUCCUCUGUUCCUUGCUCUUCAUCGGACAGCCUGGAAAGGUGACCUGCCUUCUACGACAAACAACUUUUGGCAUUGUCUUUUCUUUGGCCCUUUCCUGUCUCUUGGCCAAAACCAUAAUUGUGGUUUUGGCUUUCAUGGCCACCAAACCCGGAUCUGGAAUGAUGAAAUGGGUGGGGGAAAGAGUCACAAAUUCUAUUCUCUUUUCUUGCUCCUUUAUUCAAUCAGGCAUUUGUGCACUUUGGCUGUGUACUACUCCCCCAUUCCCAGAUAUGGACAUGCAUUCACUGCAUGGGGAAAUCAUAUUAAAAUGUAAUGAGGGUUCGUCUGCCAUGUUUUACCUUGUCCUGGGCUACAUGGGAUUCCUGGCCAUUGUCAGUUUCACUAUGGCGUUCCUUGCCAGGAAGUUACCUGACAGUUUCAAUGAAGCCAAAUGUAUCACUUUCAGUAUGUUGGUCUUUUGUAGUGUAUGGGUGUCCUUUUUUCCAACCUACCUGAGCACUAAGGGGAAAUCCAUGGUGGCUGUAGAGAUCUUCUCUAUCUUAGCCUCUGGGGCUGGUUUAUUGGGCUGCAUAUUUUUCCCUAAAUGCUUUAUCAUUGUUCUGAGGCCUGAGAUGAAUAACAGGGAGCAGUUAAGAAAGAAGAAAUGA